UGGUUUAGCUCAGUGGAUAAAUCGUGCACUUCUUGUACAGUCUGUUUCCUGGAAGUGGACCACCUGGGUCCUACCAGAAGCCCUGAACCACAUGCAUUCCCUACUCUCUUUAUUUCUGACUCUAUCCACUGUCCUGUCUCUCUAGAAGGCAUACAAAUUGCUAAAUUGAAUUUCCGUUCUUUGUUGAUGAUGCAGUUCUGUUGGCGUCAUCAAACUGUGACCUCCAGCACACAGUGAUUAGCUAACAGUUCAGUGUUUACAGGUCUGAAUGAGUGUAGAGAUUUCAAUGCUGAGACCAUGGUUCUCUUGAUUUCUCACAGUUUAAAGUGAGUUGCUCCCUUAAUAAACUAGUUUAAAUAUUUUAGGAUCUUGAGGGUGAAAUUGAGAGAGACUGACUGGUGCAUUGAUGGGCAUCAUCAGCCAUAGCGCCAUGCUAGCAUGACUGCAUGUUUUCUACACUGAUUGUGAACAAUUAUCUCUCACCUGUGACCUCCUUAGGGAGUGUUGGUUAGCUUCUGCCUCAUGCAGCACAGAGCAGAGCCAGAGUUCAGCUUUGAAAGUUAAUCAUUCUCCUUGGAGUAGCUUUAACAAUAGAUCAAGGUACAGCAUGCUAUCCAAUUGACACAGGCACCAUGAAGCUAGGGGGGCAUCUCUCCUUUUCCACGCUGCUGCUAUUUUUUGCAACAUGGGGUGCAAAUGGAGACAACAUUUUAGUGUGGUAUACAGAAGGAAGCCACUGGAUUAACAUGAAGCCUGUGUUGGACGCGCUGGUUGACAAGGGGCACAAUGUGACGGUUCUGGUGCCGAGCACAUCGCUGUUCAUGAACAUCAAUGAACCUUCACGCUUUGGCUACGAACCCUUCAAUGUCUCCAUCUCAAUGGAGGAGAUGAUGACGUUUUUUGAAGAGUUCCUUCGCUUUUCCAUGUAUGAGAUUGAUCAUAUGAGUUACUUGCAGAUGUACAUCAAAUACAUUGAAUUGAUGAGGGUUGAUCAGCAGUCUUCUUUGAAGUAUUUGGACGGAGUGCUGAAAUCAGAAAUGGUCAUGAAGAAGCUGAAGGAGGGGAAUUACGACCUCCUCUUUUCUGACCCCAUCUUUCCGGGAAGUGACCUAUUAGCGGAGAUUCUGGGUGUCCCCCUGGUCUUCUCUCUACGCUUUUCUAUGGCCCAUAACUGGGAGAGAUAUUGUGCUCAGCUACCGGCGCCACCUUCAUUUGUCCCGGGUGCUAUGAGCAAACUGACUGACAAGAUGGACUUCUCUGAGAGACUGUGGAACUUCCUUUUCUAUGCACUGCAAGACCUGAUCAUAUAUGAUGUUUCUUGGAAAGAAGUCGAUAAAUAUUACUCUGAAAUCAAAGGAACACCAACAAGUGCGUGCGAGAUGAUGGGUAGAGCAGACUUGUGGUUAAUACGAACCUACUGGGACUUUGAUUUCCCUCGUCCCUUCCUCCCGAACUUCAAAUUUGUUGGUGGGAUCCACUGCAGACCGGCUAAACCCUUGCCAAAGGAUAUGGAGGAGUUUGUGCAAAGUUCUGGAGAGGCUGGCAUCGUGGUCUUCACUUUGGGAUCAUUCAUCAAGAACAUCACGGACGAGAAAGCAAACAUGGUAGCCUCGGCUCUGGCUCAGAUCCCACAAAAGGUACUGUGGAGAUACAGUGGAGCAAAACCAGCCACUCUGGGUGCCAACACCAGAUUAUAUGAUUGGAUUCCACAGAAUGACCUUCUGGGUCACAACAAGACCAGAGCUUUCAUCACCCACGGGGGCACAAAUGGGAUUUAUGAAGCCAUCUACCACGGUGUUCCCAUGGUGGGCCUUCCCAUGUUUGCCGACCAGCCAGACAACAUGGUCCAUGUUGAGGCCAAGGGAGCUGCAAUAACUUUAAAUAUUAACUUCAUGACGACAGAAGAGUUCAGAGAUGGGGUCAAAGCUGUGAUCAAUGAGAAAUCGUACAAGGAGAGUGCCAUGCAGCUGUCCAGCAUCCAUCAUGAUAGACCGAUGACACCUCUAGAUGAAGCUGUGUUCUGGAUCGAGUACACCAUGAGAAACAAAGGGGCCAAGCACCUGAGGGUCCAAGCCCAUGAGCUCACCUGGUAUCAGUAUCACAGCCUGGAUGUCUUCCUGUUCCUCCUUUCCAUUGUUCUGGUUCUGUUCUUCAUGUUCAUCAAGACCUGCACUUUCUGCUUCAGGAGGUGCUGUGGCAGAAAGAGUACAACAAAGAGGAAGGCUGAGUAGAUGACUAAGAGUUAAGAAUGCAAUGUAGUCGUCUUCUCUGAAACAAUCGGGACAGAAAUUAAAAAAUUAAUCAUUA